UCCGGGUUCGUGAAUUGUUUAAUAAAUAAGUUGAAAAAAUAAGUUGAAAAACAAUUAACCCCAAUAGUAGAGACGUAGGCUAUUUGGCAGAUGUUAUGGAAACACAACUGUGGGGUUGACACAAUUUUAAUGAGAGCGCGCGUUAAUAAUGCUGGCGUAUGAAUGAGUCCUGAAAAGUAGGGUACUGUAGCCUACCUGCUUCCUUAUGGAAUUUUCACCUGCGCGUCGGAAGCCAAAACACCUUCAUUGUCUAACCAGAACACACCAGAGGACAUGGCCGAACAGCAAUUUGAGCUCGACAUUGGUCUUUUGCUGGCUCCUCAGAUGCUACCAGUGACAUCAGCAAUUUGCACAGAAGAGAACACUGCAGGCUACAUCACUUACAUCAAUCAGGAGGUGGCCUCCCUGGGCUUACCAGAGUCUCUGCAGCCAUGCGAAGGAGGAGCGGGACUGCAGGCUGUGCCAGCCAUCAACCUGGUGAUCCAACUGCUGCAGGUGGCCCAGCGCUCCCUAAGGGUCCGAGAGGAGCUGCAGGCCCAGAUCGUCCGGACCAGCAGUGACCUUGAACAUCUGCGCAACAGCCACGCUCGCCUGAAGGAUCACUUAGAGGGAAGCAAGAGGGAAAAUGCGAGGCUGCAGGAGGGUGAGAGGCAGCUCAUGGAGAGCCUCAAGGCUCUGCAGGCCUCACACAAAACAGAAAAAGAGGAGGUCAUGAAGUUGCAGAAAAUGAUUUCCAGCCGGGCCACACAAUACCAGCAUAACAUGAGGAGGCUGGAAAGAGAUACUUUUAAAUUAAAAGAGCGUUUGCUGUCUGAUAAGCGAGACAGGAGGAUGGGAAUCGAGAUCUCAGACUCAAUUGAACGGGCAGAUGGAAGACGGGGAGUUUGGAGGACAGACAGGGGAAACGAGACUGAAAUGUUUCAAGACCUUCUGCAUAAAUACGAGGCACAGCAAAGCACUCUUGUGGAAGAAAUUGCAGACCUCAAGAGCGUCCUUAGAGACUUCGAGAAGGACAUCGAGAAGGUCUUGAACCCAAUGCGGAACAGUCUUGGGCUGGAGGCAGAGGCCAGACAGGCUGAGGGGAGGCCAGGUGAGGAGGCGGGUGUGGAGGCAGCAGUAUCGGAGGAGCCAGUGGGGGUGGAGGUGGAUAAGUCCAGCAGGGAGGAGCCAUCUCCUAAAAGGGCUCGUGAGCCGCUCACCACCAGCAUCCGGCAGGACUGGCAAAGGCUCAUGGACCACAUCCAGGCAACAGGUACUGUAAAUGUCACAUGUCAGGAGGGUGGUCAUCAGGUCACCUCUACGCCGGAGGGUAGGGAGACCAAGGCUGGAAGAGGAGAAGAAGUGGAGCCGGGUCAGAAACACACCAACCAGGAACAAAUGUUUGAAGCGAUGAUCGAUCAGUGAAUGACUGGAUCAAGAGAGAAGCACUGCCACAUUGCCAGAUAGUGAAUGGGUACCAGCCACCUUGAUGUUUGAAUACUGUAUUCAGUGUGUGUGUGUGUGUGUGUGUGUGUGUGUGUGUGUGUGUGUGUGUGUGUGUGUGUGUGUGUGUGUGUGUGUGUGUGUGUGUGUGUGUGUGUGUGUGCGUGUGCGUGCGUGCGCGUGCGCGCGCGUGUGUGUGUUCUAACACUAAUGGUUACACUUGGAACAAAAAUCUGUAUAAAGGAAAUAAAGAAAUAGUGAUAAAGCUUUUUAUAAAUGAAGAAGAAAUAAAAAUAUGAAUUAAGAUUAAUAAUAAAAUAUGUUUUAGAACAUCUCAUUUGGUGGGGGCAGUCAUGGGCAAUCAGUUAUGGAGUUGUUUUGUUGGCCAAGGCUGGCCCGUUUGAUUCUCUAUGCUGGGUGGAGGGAGUCAUUAACCAGCACUCUCCCCAUCCUUCACUAUGACUGAGGUACUGUACAUUGAGCAUGGUAUCCAGUACCAAGCUUGUUGGGCUGCCCCUUUGCACGGCUGAGGCAUAAAUGCAAUUUCAUUGUGUGCACUGUGUGUUGUGGUUCCAUGUGCCAUUAACACAGUGGGAGUUUUGUACAAAUAUGUAUUUUUACAAUAUAAACAUUUACCUUGAAAGCUAAAUGUUUUUUUAGAGUUUACAAAUCUUUGUUAGCUAUUUUUGCCAUUGACAUGUUAUACACAAUACAAACAGAGAAUUUUAAUAUUUUUUUCUAUGUAUCUGUUGAAGAAUGUAAUGAUUGAUAUUAUGAAUGUUGAAAUCCUGUGCUGCAUCCUUCCAGUAGGAAAACAUUUUGAAUGUGCUGUUUGACACAUCCAAGUUUACAAGAGACAAAUGCA